CCAGGUGACUUGAUUCAAAGAUCCAAAGCUUAUCCCACAUAUAAGGUUGUCAUUAUCAAAACACAAGGGUCAACAUAUCUGACAAGGAUGAAGAAGUCAAUGAAGGAGAUAGAAUGAAGCCUACGGAAUUCAUUCCAUUCAGAAGUCUACCACUGAAGACUUCACAGAGAAAUCCGUAUUCAAACAUUGUUGAGCCUACUGUAAAUCUUGGCCAGCCUUCCAAUAUUCCGGAUCACUCAAACGGCGACAAUUCCGGAAAUGGCGACCGAGUGCCAAUCCAUCCAGAAACACCAACUUCUGUUCUUCAACCAGAAGCUGAACUAGAUCAACCAAUCAAUCCUAAUCAACACAAUCUUCGUUGGUUAAGGGAUCAUCCUCCCCAACAAACUGUCAAAUCGAAGAAGGACCCACAAAGGACGAUUCAAGUCAUCAAUUCCACUGUUGGAGGGACAAAAGUGAAGCUUUCGCAGAAGAAAUUGGGAGAAAAGCUUCACCUUCCCAAUUCUGGAGUUGAAAUUGGGAGACUUCCAGCCAAGAAUCUGGAUUGGAACAUUAUUGGAAUUUCUGGGCAAAAUCCAUCUGGCCCAGUGAAGAAAACUCAUCUGAACAACGACUACAAGCUAGUCCUUGAACUGGUCAUCGCAUGCCUCGAAUGUGGAAGUGGAGGACAUGCUGAUGACAUCACCCAAGAAAGGGCCUUCAUCAUCAAUGCCCUCAUUACCAAGUCUAAGGUAAAUUGGGCUGCUCAUUUCUUCAAUUCCAUCUCAAAGCAUCUGGGAAAACCCAACCAGAAAUACCUUUGUCAAGGUCUGUACAUUGGACAUAUCUUGGAGUCCUUGGGUGCUGCUUCUGAAGGAAAGAAGUAUGAAGCCAAAUAUUGGCUAUACUAUCUGUCUUCCAAAGGGGAAAACAGAGCUGGUGCUAGCACAACUGCAGAGGAAAGUUCUUCAGACAAUGUCCUUAUCAUGAGUCUGAACAAAUCAGUAAAGAGAAAGCAAGUGGUGUCUCCCUCUCCCAGUGCUGAAGCACCACAGAAUCUUGCUCCAAUCAAUCUUGAAGAAGAAGAAGAAUUCUCUGACCAAGGAGAACUACAAAGGAAAAAGAAGAGGAAAAUCACCUCUCCCUCAACAUCUGGACAUAUCAAUCUCAAGAAGAGCAAGCUGUAGAAGCCUAGAGAAGUUCUGCAGAAGCUGAGAAGGAAACUCAAAUGGCAGAACUGGAGGCCUCCAAAUCUCCAGUAGCCAUUUUUGAAGGACAAAAUGAAGCUAAAGAAAGAGACUCCCUCUCU